AGGCCCUGGAUCUCACAUCCAAUCCUCCGCUGGCGCCUGUGGGAACCUUCUUCUAGACGUUUUGUGCCGCGUCGUCUCAACAUCGAAGCCAGCUCCGAUGGGCCUUCAGGAGGCAACACGAAUAUGCAGGACGACGAUGAAGUUCCAUGGUCGAGACCUCACUGGUCCGAGUGGUCCACUACUGACUUGAUUCGUUGGUGUGAACGCCGCAGGAUUGACCUCAGCGGAUGCUUUGACCGAGAGGCUGUCUUGGACCGAGUGAUUCAAAGUGCGAAGGAGGACAUGGCAGAUGCUGAAGACGACACAAGGAGAGAGGACAGCCAGUUCCAUGUCGUCCGUAUCGCAUCUCGGGUGAAGACGGAUGGCUCUUACACAAGGCCUCCCACCUUAGAUCGUCGCAAUUCCCUCUUCGGCAAUCGAGUCGAGCGGUUUCAAGGGGUUGAAUCCGACAUCCUGCCGUGGCUAUACCGUGCUGGCGACAAGUCAAGGUUGUAUGGCAUUUUCUUUGGCAACGAGUUCGCAUACAGCUUGGUGUGGACGAGGUACAAGUUCUGGGGCCGCCCUGGAGCCAGGCCCAAUCGCUACGAGGAAAGCUGGUAAUCGAUGCUCCCUGGAACCCUCUCGGCAGAAGAAUGAGCCGCUGCAAGUGUUUCGAAACUUUGCGGAAUAGUUUCC